AUGGCUAUCGGCGAUUCAGACGAUUCGAACAAUCUGACUGGCACCGCUGUGCAUGUCCCAGUUCCAGGAAAUUCCGGAAUUGAUCCUGGUGAUCCUUUGUAUCUGCAUCCAUCGGAUAACCCCGGAGCUAUGCUUGUCUCUGUCGCAUUCAGUGGAAUUGGCUAUCGCUCAUGGAGACGUAGUGAAUUGCGAGGACUAUCAGUGAAGAACAAAUUAGGGUUCAUCAACGGUGAAUGUAAGCGUCCAGAUCCUCAAUCACCUACAUUUCGUCAGUGGGAACGUUGUGAUGAUAUGGUAACUUCGUGGAUACUUAAUUCACUAUCCAAAGAAAUAACAUACAGCGUCGAAUACGCAAAUGAUGCCAUGGAGCUAUGGAUUGAAUUGGAAGAUAGGUAUGAGCAGACGAAUGGAGCCAGAUUAUAUCAAAUACAGAAGGAAAUAAAUGAUACAUCUCAAGGGACUCUCGAUAUCACUAGUUAUUAUACAAAAUUGAAGAAACUUUGGGAAGAGUUGAGCACUUUGAGCAAAAAUUCACAAUGUACAUGUACUUGUAUCUGUGGAGCAAAGGAAAAUUUUUACAAGGCUGAACAGGAUAGACGUCUAAUACAGUUUCUCAUGGGCCUAAAUGAAACCUACACUGUAAUCCGAGGUAGCAUCCUCAUGAUGAACCCACUCCCUAAUUUUGCUCAAGCGUUUUCUCUCCUAAUACAAGAUGAAAAGCAGAGGGAAAUCAAACCACAUACUCAGCUGUUUGUUGAAUCUACCUCCAUGAAUGUUACUAGCUCCAGACCUAAUGGUUAUAGAACCAACUACUCAUCGAACAACAACAAUCAUACUGGGCAAGGAAGGGGGAGACCUAUGUGUGACUAUUGUAAGAAGCCAGGGCAUACCAAAGACAAAUGCUUCAAAUUACAUGGCUAUCCUGAGAGUUUUGGACAGUCUCGCAAUCAAAAUUACAAUCCAAAUCAACAGUUCAACCAGAAUUUUCAGAGUUUCAAUCGCAAUCAGAACUUCAGCAAAGGGAAAAGAAUAGUAGCUAAUGUACAUGGUGAUCACUCUUCAGAAAUGCCAUCCAACAAAGGAGAAGCACAAUGUGACUUAAACACAGACCAAACUAUCAGCCUGUCAAAGGAGCACUAUGGACAAAUUUUGAAUUUGCUUCAGCAUUUUCAAGCCAGCAAUGGAGGAGACAAUGCAAAUACCAGCAAUUCUAUCAAUGGAGCUGUAAACUUCGCAGUUGUUUUACCAAAUGGAUACAAAGUAAAAGUAACUGAGAUUGGUAGUGUAGCCCUUGUGCCUGACAUCACUUUACAUAAAGCCCCUUCAAUGAAGAGGCCUCUGGAGAUUGGUAAAGCUUGUGAUGGACUAUAUCUUCUUUGCCCAAAGUGUCUGAGAAACCAGUAUUCAGGGUACAAGGUCUUAAAUCUUGCCACAAAAAGGAUAUCUAUAUCCAGAGAUGUUGUCUUUGUUGAAAGUGUGUUCCCUUUUGCUUUGUCUCUUGAUACUUCUUCUUUUCCCUCUAUUCUUAAUGAGUUUCCACCCACUGAUGCAACUCAAGAAGGUACCAACUUUGCUGAUGAAAGUGACAAUGGCCCUAGUGUUACACAUAAUCCUUCUCAGUAUCCAGAACCAGAUAACCACCCUGAAAAUUCACCCUAUCAAUUCCCAGAUGUUACACAAAAUCCUUCUCAGUAUCCAGAACCAGAUAACCAUCCUGAAAAUCCACCUUAUCAAUUCCCAGAUCCCCUGUUCCUAUCCCAUCACCAGUAG